AUGGGUUAAUCUUGUACUGUAAAUACUUGUUGUGCAAAAGAGGAAAUAUAAAUGAUAAAGAAUUCUAAUCGUUCUAUUGAAAUCUCAGUAAAAAAAUCAAAACAUUCUUUAACUAAUAAAAAGACAAAUUCAGGAUAAGUUGAAGAGGCAAAUUAAAAUGAAAUACCAAUAUAAUCUUAACAUAAUAAAGCAUCAAUAAAAGAGAUUCAAAAAUAUUUGAAUAGUCAAAAUGAAAAUUAAAAUAUUCAUCCUUUAGUAAAAAAAACAAUUGGGAAGCUAGAAAAAAUAAAACUUCCUGUAAAAUAGUCUAAUUAUAAUUGUUUAGAUGAUUUUGUUAAAAGAUGGUGCAACUUAUGAAGGAGAAUGGAUAGAUGGAAAAAGGGAAGGAUAUGGAAAACAAUAAUGGCCGGAUGGUUCUGUUUAUGAAGGAGAAUGGAAAAAUGAUAAAUCAUGUGGAAAAGUUGUUAAGAAUAUUAAUUAAUAAAAGGGUAGAUUGAUUCAUGCUGAUGGAGAUAUUUAUGAUGGAGAUUGGUUGGAUGAUUAAGCAAAUGGAUUAGGAUCUUAUACUCAUGAUAAUGGAGCUAAGUAUAUUGGAGAAGUAUUUAGUAUAAUUUUAUGUUAGUGGUUAAAUGAUAGAUAACAUGGAAGAGGAAUUGAAGAAUGGCCAGAUGGAGCUAAAUAUGAAGGAGAUUAUCAAAAUGGUAAGAAACAUGGCAAUGGUAAACUUGUAUUUGCUGAUGGAUCUUAUUAUUAAGGUAAUUCACUGAUUUCAAUUUGAU